AUGGAGAACUGCAGCAACCUCCAAGCAGCCUCUCCUAGCAACAUCUCCUUGGGGUUCGGCGGCCUCCCCUUCAGCAUCUUUGAAUACAAGACCAUCUCGGUCUUCCUGGUGCUCACCAUAUGCGGAGUUGGCAUUAUUGGCAAUGCCAUGGUGGUCACCGUAGUCCUGACCACCCGUGACAUGAGGACUCCGACCAACUGCUACUUGGUUAGUUUGGCUGUGGCUGAUCUGAUCGUCCUCGUGGCUGCUGGCUUGCCCAACGUCUCCGACAGCCUGGCAGGAACAUGGAUCUAUGGAUUUGCUGGGUGCCUUGGCAUUACCUACUUUCAGUACCUGGGCAUCAAUGCAUCCUCCUGGUCUAUCGCAGCUUUCACCGUGGAAAGGUAUAUCGCCAUCUGCCACCCGAUGAAGGCGCAGACAAUGUGCACCGUGUCUCGAGCCAAGCGCAUCGCUGCCUUUGUCUGGCUCCUCACCUCGGUGUACUGCAUGCUCUGGUUCUUCCUGGUGGACGUGGCAGCUAACAACAGCCAGCAACUGGAGUGUGGCUACAAGGUCUCCCGCAACCUUUACCUGCCCAUCUACCUGCUCGACUUUGCCCUCUUCUUCAUCGCCCCUCUCCUGCUCACCACCGUUCUCUACGGCCUCAUUGGAAAAGUCCUCCUCCAGAGCCAUGCCCUGCACCGCCCCACUGCCCAAGGGGAAUGCUGGCGAGAGCGAAGCAACCAGGAGAAAAAUGGCACCGAGGCUGGCAGCUCAAGAACCAGAGUGCCCGUCUCUUCCAGGAAACAGGUCACCAAGAUGCUGGCUGUGGUGGUGGCCCUCUUCGCCCUGCUCUGGAUGCCCUACAGGACCCUGGUUUUGGUGAACUCCUUCGUGAAGCACCCCUACCUGGACCGCUGGUUUGUCCUCUUCUGCAGGAUCUGCAUCUACACCAACAGCGCCAUCAACCCCAUCAUCUACAACCUCAUGUCCCAGAAGUUCCGCCUGGCCUUCAAGAGGCUUUGCAAGUACAGGGAGGAGGAGCUUCAGCGGCAACGUAGCUUAUGCACAGCUUCGGCCGAUGGCAGCACCCGGAAGGCCGGCCCUACCGGCCAGCAGGGGAGCCCGGCUGGGACGCCCACAGCCGCGGCUGCUCAAGAAACCCUGAGCCAGAAAGAGAAGGAGAUGCAGUUUAGCCUGCUUUGA